ACCAUCAGAGAGAGCCGGGGGGGAGGAGAAUGGAGUAGCAGAGCAAUAGAGAGGGGGAGAAAAUAUUAGCGAGGGGAGAGCUAGCAGUGACUUCCUUCAAGGAAACUCCAGGAGGGGAAAAUAAGAAGGAAUAAUGCACUAGAGGAAGGAGGUUGAUAGUCGCUACAGAGAAUCAGCAGCACCUAUAGCAAUUGACAUCCUGCUGCAGUGCCGCUACCUUCGCUGACUGAUCCUGUCAAUGGAGCUGGAAAAUAUUGUUGCCAAUACUGUCUUGCUGAAAGCCAGGGAAGGCAUUUGGUGAUGAGGACAUUUCCUGCAGGGGAAAAUAAUCUGAAGAUCAAGUACAGACAGGGGGUGGAGGAAAGCGCAAAGGCAAAAGCAAAAAGUGGAAGGAAAUCUUGAAAUUCCCUCACAUUAGCCUGUGUGAAGAUCUCCGAAGAACAAUAGAGAGAGAUUAUUACAGUUUAUGCGACAAGCAGCCAAUUGGAAGGCUUCUCUUUCGGCAGUUCUGUGAAACUCGACCGGAGCUUGAGUGUUGCAUUAGGUUCCUUGACUCGGUGGCAGAGUAUGAAAUUGCUCCAGAUGAAAAACUGGGAGAGAAAGGAAAGGAAAUCAUGAUGAAAUACCUCACCCCAGAGUCCCCAGUUUAUGUUGCAGAAGUCAGUCAAGAUCUUGUCCAUCAGACUGAGGAAAAACUCGAAAUCAGCCCCUGCAAAGAGCUGUUUUCUCACUGUGCAAAAUCUGUCCUUGACUACCUAAGUGGAGAGCCAUUUCAAGAAUACCUAGACAGCAUGUACUUUGAUAGGUUUCUGCAGUGGAAGUGGUUGGAAAGGCAACCAGUAACGAAAAACACAUUUAGGCAGUACAGGGUACUAGGAAAAGGUGGUUUUGGGGAGGUCUGUGCUUGCCAAGUCCGAGCGACAGGGAAAAUGUAUGCCUGCAAAAGAUUAGAGAAGAAGAGAAUAAAAAAGAGGAAAGGCGAAUCCAUGGCAUUAAAUGAAAAGCAGAUUUUAGAAAAAGUCAAUAGUCAAUUUGUAGUUAACUUAGCCUAUGCCUAUGAAACAAAGGAUGCACUGUGUUUAGUUCUGACCAUAAUGAAUGGGGGUGACUUGAAGUUCCACAUCUACAACAUGGGAAACCCAGGCUUUGAGGAGGAGAGAGCUUUGUUUUAUGCAGCAGAGAUUCUUUGUGGCUUGGAAGACCUGCAUAGAGAAAACACUGUAUACAGAGAUUUGAAGCCAGAAAAUAUCCUGUUAGAUGAUUAUGGCCAUAUUAGAAUAUCUGAUCUGGGUCUAGCUGUUAAAAUCCCGGAGGGUGACUCAAUCCGUGGAAGGGUAGGAACAGUAGGGUAUAUGGCUCCAGAAGUCUUGAACAAUCAGAGAUACACCCUCAGCCCUGACUACUGGGGGCUAGGUUGCCUCAUUUAUGAAAUGAUUGCUGGACAAUCACCAUUUCGUGGAAGGAAAGAGAAGGUAAAGAGAGAAGAGGUGGACAGGAGAGUCCUGGAGACUGAAGAGGUGUACUCCCAUAAAUUUUCUGAGGAGGCCAAGUCUGUCUGUAAAAUGCUACUAACCAAAGACGUGAAGCAGAGGCUGGGAUGUCAGGGGGAAGGUGCAGUGGAAGUGAAGAAGCACCCAUUCUUCAAGAGUAUGAACUUCAAACGAUUAGAGGCAGGAAUGUUGGACCCUCCCUUUGUCCCUGAUCCCAGAGCAGUGUACUGCAAGGAUGUGUUGGACAUCGAGCAAUUCUCCACAGUGAAAGGGGUAAACCUGGACCAAACAGAUGAUGAUUUCUAUUCCAAGUUUUCCACAGGAUCCGUAUCUAUUCCAUGGCAGAAUGAGAUGAUAGAAACAGAGUGUUUUAAAGAGCUAAAUGUAUUUGGACCAAAUGGUACUAUUUCACCGGACCUAAACAAAAGCUACCCCCCAGAGCCACCCAAGAAAGGAUUACUACAUAGAAUAUUUAAACGUCAGCAUCAAAACAAUUCAAAGAGUUCACCGAAUUCAAAGGCGAGUUUAAAUCACCACAUAAAUUCAAACCAUGUAAGUUCAAACUCUACCGGAAGCAGCUAGUUCGAACUCAACUUUCAUGAAACAACGUGUUGCAUCCUUCCACUAUAAUCUAUGGAGCUUCUAAGGAUGAGAGAGCAUCCACCGUUGAGUUAAAAAAUAAAUGACCUCCCUGCAAUGGAGAUAUUCUAUCCAUUCCUUCCAGUGGAGCCUCACAUUUUAUGAAGAAAUUUCCACUCAGGUCUGUUUUUGGAGGUGGCACUCAAGAUGGUGUGAAUCAGAUUUGUCUAUUUAGAACAUUGCAAUAGAAAUUCAACGAACAUGACUACUUGCACGUAUUUAAAUAGCAUCAUACUAGAACUGAAUUUUGUCUUUAUUAUUUUUAAAGAAAAGUUUUGUAAAUUUCUCUAUUGUCUCAGUUUACAUUUUGUACAUUUGUAUUUAAAUGAAAGUCAGACUUUGGGGUGUAUAUUUUCUGAGCAGCAGCUGUAAAGCCAUGUGUUUUAAGACUUUUUUUUUAAAGAAAUGUGACUCAAGACUUCCAGAGCCUCAAAUGAGAAAUCAUUCUUGUUAGUAAGUGUAGAAAAUUAUUCAUAUUUCACUUUAUCAAGUUGGUUUUACUGACAUGCAUUUUUAUGGCACAGUUUAUUCUUAAUUAUUUUACAUCUGUAUAUUUGGCUUACAGCAACACUGCAUACAUUUUUCCUCUUUGUUGGUUUGUAAAGUCUUGUAUUAAAUGCUAUUAUACGUAGUCAAGACUUUGCCGCAUCUAAGAAUACUAUUUGCUAUGUCUGAGGUUCGUAAUGUCAUGGGACCAGCACUGUUGAGAUUUGCACUUAUUUUCGUUGUUAGAUCAUCACAAUAUUUAUUGUUUUUAAUGGAACCCUGUUUUAAGUCCUCCUCCUUUUCAAACUUUUUUUUACUAUUGCUAAUGAGAGAAAGAACAAAUGUUAGCAAGGGGAGCUAAGAAAGACAAGUUGUCAUCAGUUCUUCAAAGACCUGAAAUCCUUCACCCAUUGAAAUUAACAGCAAAGCUCCCAUUGAUUUCAAUGAUGCAGGAUCAGGCCACAAGUGAGAGUUGCUUUUAGUUGCUUAUGUCACACAGCUACCAAGAGAUUGACUCAAUGGCCCUGUCUGUGCUGGCCAGGGAAGCUAUAGGGGACAGAACCAAGCCAGGAAGGUUCAGCUCCGGAUCUCAACUUUUCUACAUCCAUUAUAUCCAUUCCAGCCCAUGUCUACUUUCAAGUGAGUUGUUCUAGAGCCCUUAGGCUGCAUGGCUCCUUUUCUGGCCCCCUCAACCAGUGAUGAAAUGACUGUCCCACUACAGUUAGCUGAGUUCAGUGCCCAAUGUAAAACAGUAUAGUUUGCCCUUUUUUGAUUCCACAAUGCUUCAUCUCAGGCCACCCCAUAUUAUUGUUUAAAACAAUUGUACCACUGGUAUAGAUGGGCUCAGUCAGGUUCAAUAUCCACACUAUGAACCAGUUAACAAAAGCAUACUAUGUGCUAGGAGUGUAUCUAUUCUCAAACAUGCCCUGUAGGACAUCAGGUGUCAAACACAGCUUCAGCCAUUUCAACUGAUAUUGGGAAACAUUUGACCCACUGGUGUAGACGGAAUCUGCUGAAUUCAACAUUUGCUGUAAAAUAGUUUGGUUGACCAUGCUUUUUUACAACGGUUGCUGAAUUGAUUGAGUUUUCCUAAACUUUUGGGACAACUGAUGUCUGACAUGUCAUGUCUAAGAAUUAAAUGACUACACUAAGGUUAGGCCAUGUCUGUGCUGCCCAGGGAAACUGGGUUAGCGUCUUUCUAGCAAGAACUACAUGUAUGUUUAAUUAACCACAAGGAACAAGUUACUUAGGUGGGUUCUGGAAUCCCCAUCAUUGGAGGCUUUUAAGAACAGGUGAGACAAACACCUAUCAGGGAUGGCCUAGAUAUAUUUAAUCCUGCCUCAGUAUGGGAGGAUAAACUAAAUGACUUCUUGAAGUCCCUUCCAGCCCUGCAUUUCUAUGAUUAGACUGGUGUGCACAGGCGCCAACUUUCUAAUAUGUUCGAAAGGGGUGUUCGAAAGGGGUGUUCGACCCCCGGCUCUGCCCUAGGCCCUGCCCCCACUCCACCCCGUCUUCCAAGGCCCCGUCCUGCCUUUUCCUGCCCCUGUUCCACCCCCACCCCACCUCUUCCCACCCCUUUCUGCCCCUUUCCCUCCAGUGUGCCGCGCCCUCGCUCCUCCUCCCUGUCCCCGCAGCCUCCUGCACGCCACGAAAUAGCUGAUCGCGGCGGGCGGGAGGCGCAGGAAGGAAGGGGGAGGCACUGAUCAGCGGGGCCUGCCGGUGUGCGGUAAACACUGGGGGGCGGGCGGGGCUGAUGGGGGCCUGCCGGUAGAUGCUCAGCACCCACCAUUUUUUCCCUGUGGGUGCUCCAGCCCCGGAGCACCCAUGGAGUCAGUGCCUAUGCUAGUGUGAAAUUGGUUUCCGUGGCCAACGCAGAAAGAGCAACAGAAUGCAUGAGGUUUCUUACAGGCAAAACCAUGAAUGAUAAGGACUCAAAAUAAAGUAAGUUCUAGAACAACUUAAGAACAACUUAAGAUCAGUAAGGGACAGAACAAGGUCAGUGCUUUGGUAAAUUAGCUGAGUGAGAAAGGAAUGGAGAUAUUGGGCUAUGUAUGUACGUAUUGGGCUGAUGUGCGUUUGUCAUGGAGUACAGUAUGCCAAGAAGCCAAGACAUCCCGUAGGGCAACUAAUAAGGUUGUGAACUCUCCCAAUCACUUGUAGAGAUACAGGUAAUUAAGACUGUGUUGUAAACAAUCCAAAACAGCAAUGAAAAUUUGUCUCCCUCUUCCUUCUGACUGAUGUUCUGGGAAGAUGCGGUGGUGCAGAGGGUGUUUACCCCUCACUUAUCAAUGCAAAGAUCAAACAGGCAGAGUGCCAGCAGUUUCACCUGUGUCAGUGAUGCCACUGCAGAUUUGAGCAGAGAUGAAAGAAUGUGGAGAAGUGAAUGCUGAGAAUUUGGACUAAUUAUGUCUCCAGUUUAGUUGUAAUAGUUCCAACUCACUAGUAGGCAUGAGACAUGAGAAGAGAGAAGUACUGUGUGAGUGAAAUUCUCCAUUUAUGUUCUGACGCAGGCCCACUGAAGUCAGCAGGAAUCUAUGCACUGACUGUAGUGGGCUUUGUGUUAGGCCCUUAAUGCAAAGUUUGCAUUCUGUGGAUGGCCUUGCAUGGGCCGUCUGCAUCAGGGUGGAUUUCACCCAAUUUCAAGAAAUGUAGGUGACAAUUCGAAGUGCAGCUCUAAGGGGAACCUCAGUUUCUGUGGGGCUUAAUGUAGGGCUCACUGUUUCAGUACCAGUGUGUAUGAGAAGCUUUGUAUGUAGAACUUUACUUGCUUUGCCUAGAAUAUCCUUACUGGGAUACAUUUUUUUCAAAGGGAGAGGCUGAUGUCCACGUGCCAGAACAACACUCAGAUUCAUCUGUGUGUGCAGUAUGUCAGUGCUCUCUCAAACCGGUUAAUUCAUAAGCACAAAUGCAAAGCAAGGGGAGCGCACUGAGUGGUAGCUAGAGCAUGGUCCUAGGUUGUGUUUUCAGUUCUGCUACUCCUUCACUUUGUGGCAUUAUAGAGGCACCUACCUCCCAUUAGAAUAAUGUGUAUAAUAAUGUUUGCUUGCCGCUUGGGGUGGGGUUGUGAGGCUUAAAUCAGGAAUAUUUGUAAAGUGUGAUGAGGCUCUUGGAUAAAAGUCAUAAUAAGAGUCACAUAUUAAUAUUCAUCAUUAAAUGUGGGUGAAUGCAGAGCGUAUGCAUGAGGAGCUCAUUCCCUACAUUUUUAACCAUUUGGUCCAUGAAGACUCCGUUUUCUUUUUUUGUUAUUUUAACGCUUCCCAUUUAGAUUAGAGAUGAAAAACCUAAUGACAGUGAACCCUCUCUUGAAGGCUGUUUUGUUAAGGCUAAAUGACCAAUUAAUAACCCUGUCUAGAAGGAACAUCAUGGGUAGCCACAACACUGCCAGUCAAUACCAGUCUUGACCGCCAGUCCUGGGAUUCUCCUGAACAGGGCUUGCCUCCUAUGUCAAACUGAGCAGUAUUUUUUGUUAUAUAUCCCACUCGAGACUAGGCUAAGAACACACUGUGCUCACAUUCACUUGUGUGAUCCAGUAAAAAUUGGAACACCGAUUGCUAUGGGUGGAACUCUAGUCAAUCAAUUUGUUACACAACCUAACUCUCCCAAACACAUGGAGCCUGAUUCUCAGAGGUGGUGAAUACUCACAAUUCAAUCUGAAGUCAAUGGGAGCAGUGGGCGUUCAGCACCUCUGAAAACCAGGCCUAUAAUUUCUUUAUACUACUUUGGAGAGAGCAUACUGCUAGCAAGAGAGUGUUUAGUACUCUGAAUCAUAAUGAAUAGCUUUGAGAUGGGUUUACACAUGGCAAAAGAAUAGAAAGAAAUAGUUAUUUCAUAGUUUUCCAGCACAAGAUUCAUUUAAUCUAUUAUCUUUCCAGAAAGAACAAAGAUCCUUUUGGGAAGUGCACAAGAUUAGAGCUGGUUGAAUUAUUUGUAUGAGUAGACUGUUGAGCAAAUUUAGCUCUUUAAAUGUUUGGAAAUCAUUUACAAACAGAUUCUGAAUUCUGCAACUGGAUUUAUUUUUAAGUCUUCUCCAGAUAGGCUGAAAAUUAUUCAUCAGUCUCUGGGUUCUUCAUUAACUUUCCAGUUCAAUGAUUCUUUAUGAGUGGUGUGUGGAGUCACAUGGCAUUUUUUCUGCUUUCUGCUUGGAUGAUUGAAACUUCUAAAACGUGAAAAUAAUAGCAAAUAAAUAUUUUUUUGAGUCUGCACAUAUAACCUUUUUCAUGUGAAAAUAAGGGUGUUUGUGCACAAACAGCCAUUCCGAAGACAUGUGUGAACAAAAACCUGUUCAUGCAAAUGAAAAAACGCACAAAACUGGUCAAACCAAGCAGCCAAUAGGAAUUCAAAUGAACAUUAGUGAAUACCGUUCUUGCAGUACUGAAUCAGGUCUACUUAAUAUAGAUAUUAAGAGGAAUUUGUUCAAUUGACACUCUGUUUUUCAUAGAAAAUUUGGAAUGUCUUUAAGAAAUAUUUGAAGUCACUUGUGAUCAUUCCCCUCCCUGGGUAACUAUGUCCAAUUUCAUUGUAAGAAACAUGUAGCCAAACUUUGCUGAUUGAUUGGUGUCUUACCGGAUAUAGAGUGUGUUUUUUUUUUUCUUCUUCAGAGUAUACGUAGAAUAGAACACACAAAAUCCAGCAGGGACUAUUUUUGUUAAGCCAACUCUCACGUUUCCAAGCUAGAUCCAACUGGCAUCUUUACUUUUCCAUCCAAGUCUCAAUUUCCAAGCCAGUUGCUAUUAUCCUUUUCAGUAGAGACGCCUCAGAUAAACGUCUGUAGUACAAACAAAAUAAGCAGAAACAGGGAGAUACAGUAUCUAUGAACUCGUAAGUACAGUUUGAGAACUAGGUUAGUGUGUGGGUGUGUACACGGGAAAGGUUCUCGUCUUUAAGUUCACAACUUCUUGUUGUUCAAAGUUUGUAAGGCUCCCUCCCACAUGUUAAAUAUAUUGAUCAAAAUGAGAUGGCUCAUCAGCUGCUCCUGAGCAUUCUCUAAGCAGCACUGGAAAAGUUGGACUUCCUCUUUGCUUUGAAAGAAUGCCUGGGGCUAGUUUCCAGGCAGGGAUCAUGUCUUCCUGUGUGUUUGAACCUCACCAGGCCAAUGGGACCCAGUCCUGACUGGGGCCUUGGGCUGCUACUUUAAUUUAAAUAACAACAUUAAUAAGUGCCUCGUGCACAGGUGCCCAUUUCACCAAAACAUCACUGGCACGUUUGAAGGCAGUUAAAACUGGGAGGCCAAGGGGUGAAUGGACGCAGAGAUUGACCUGCCCUCAUCCUGGGAGGUGGUCCUGGUCUAUCCCAGGCUGGGUUGAGCUCCAUUAGCAAGGAAGUGCAAGAGAAGCUGUGGCUAAACAGAGGACACCCUUUUCCAGAGCUGUCACAAGCACUAACUCCACCUAUCCUUUAAAAAAUAAUGAUAGCGAUGAGUGUCCUUAGGGUAAAGCCAAGCAAACAGGCUUAAAUCCUAUUCAUCCCAAAUUCCCAGCUUCCACGUGUCAGGAGGACAGCAACCUCCUUUAGAGAUAACAACUAAUCGCCUUUAUGCAGUGCUGUGAGAGGAUGCUUUAAAAAAGGAAUCUGCCACCCAAUAGCAUUCUGUACUAAUAACUUCUACUCUGCAGUAGUACAGAUAUCAGCUGCCAUGUUGGGGUCUGUUACUACAGAAUACUAUCAAAUGUUUUUUAUAAAGGAAGAGCCACACGCUGAGAAACUCUUAAACAAUGUAUUACUUACAUUGGCAGUGGCAGUAAUUUUUGAUUUAAGAUGAUCUCCUUGUGUCUGGCUUGGGUUUCCCCUGUUCGUUUGCUUAUAUUUGGAGUCAAAAGUGCUCGAUUCUAUCCCUAGCUUGGCCAUUGAUUCUCUGUCUUGCCCGUGGCAACAAAAUUAACCUCUGCGCAUCUCCGUUUCCCUGGGCUUAUAAAAGGAGUGAUGAAACUUAGCCACCUUUGUAAAGCACUUGGAAGUCUCUAGACAAAAAAAAACAAAAACGUGAAGUAUCAAUAUUAAUUGUUUUUUAUUU